AUGAAACAACAAGAAUCUAUUGAUCCAAUUCAAACUUUUUUUAAAAGUAUGGCGUCAACGGUUUCAACAUUUCCUCCAGAAUCAGUCGUGGAAGCCAAAAUGAGAAUAUUUAACAUUGUUUCCGAAAUGGAAUUACGCUUAUUAAAAACAAAGGCUACCACGAGUACACCACCUGUAGAAACAAUGACAUCAACAUCAACAUUUUCAUCGAAUCUGCAAGUUCCUACAAUACUUGCCGAUGAAUCUUUGAGUUCCACUACGAUGUCAAGUGUUUCAGACAUUUCAAAUCCUACUCCAUCUGCGAACUCCAAUUUUUCUUAUUUACAAUAUAUCGAUGAAUAUUAA